AUGCACCACAUCGCCCCAGGGCGGUGCCUGAAGCACUGGGACCCCGACGGAGAGCCCAUACUGCUGCUGACAUCGGUGUUUGAUGCUAAUUCUCUUGGGAAAUGGGUCCUCGACCAGACGGCGCGCAUCUACGGCGAGCACGAUGAAAUGACAGAGCUCGCGGGCGACUUCUGGUUUGAACACAUCAAGCUGGGGGGCAAGAUCAAGCACGCGAAGAGCCGCCUGCCGGACAUUGCGGAUUCGAGUGUCCGGCAACGUGUCAAGGAGUUCAUCACCUCCGGCGAUAAGCUCGUCAAUGAGCUGGGGGAGAUAUUGAAGAAGUGUGAGCAACGCGUGCUGGAGGUGACAGGGAUAAACGAGAUACCGAAGCUGGGCCACAAGAGCGUCGUCGUCUUCAUCGACACCUUCAUCGGCCGUACCCCUGCACAGCGAGAUGCAUUUGACGAUCUUACACGGAGCAUACGGGAGUGGAAUAACUCGUUUGAUACAGGCUGUGCAAACCUACUGUAG